AUGCUGUCACCCAGCAUCCAGGUCCACGAGGGACCUGGCCAAGUUGUUGUCAAGCUCGCUGACGAGAAAGCACGCCGCGUAUCACGGCGCGAAGUGUCGUUGCUGUACACGUUUGACGUCUUUCGCUGUAGCGACAAUUUAUUUGUGACUGAGAUGAAUUAUGCUUUCGAUUGCAUCCUGGGCAUGACGUUGUUGGCACGCUAUAAGCCCCAGAUCGACUGGUUAGCCAGAUCAAUGAGACGUCGAAGUAAGUUCGACUUCAGCGAAGUGUUCACCCAUCUCUUGGUGUCUCCAAGUGAUUGGCCGAACAUUACAGUCGUGGAUCGUACAUCCAAGACCCCGGCGGUGCAUAGAGUGAGCGAUGGCCCUCUCUGUACCGCUUUUUCCGUGCCACUACGCACGAGUGACGAUAUCUCCUCGCUUUGCAGCGAGGAGUACGACGUGGACGAGCAGUGA